CCCGGCCCCUUUGUUCGUGUGGGCCCAGCCGUGAGCCGGGGGGGACGGAGGGAGCGGCGGUGGCGGCCCCGCAUCCUCCUCCGCCCCCGCCGCUCCGAGCCGCCGCCCAGAUCCCUCCUCCCGGCUCCCCGCUCCCUCCUCCCGGCUCCCCGCUCCCUCCUCCGGCUCUCGGCUCGGCCGCGCAGGGAGUGGCAGGGCGGCUGCCGGCCGGGGUGGCAUCCUGCGCUGGCACCGAGCCCCCUGCCCCGCUCCGCCGGGCAGCCCCAGGGUAAGGGGGACAUCGGGAGGCACGGCAGCGCCCGGCCGGCCCACGCCGCAACAAAGGAGGGAUGAAUGGAGAAGGUAUGUGACAAUGGAAGAAGAGGUGCAGCAUCAAGAAGCCUGAACAUCAGGACAGCUUUGAGACACUGGCAGUAGGAGCCUGAGAUACAGGGGACAGGAAUCAUGCUGAAACCAAGUGGACUUAAAAUCCCAGGCAGGGCUGGGAAGCACUCCAGCCCAGUGGGACGAGCAUCAGGGACCACCACAGCUGCUGUCACCACUGGCUCAAAGGAAGGCUCACCUUUACACAAGCAGGGUACCACAUCCACCACCAGCGCCGAGAAGUCGGGAUCAAAGGUUGCCGAGGUGGGCGAUGAUUUCCUGGGAGACUUCGUGGUGGGCGAACGUGUCUGGGUGAACGGAGUGAAACCAGGCGUGAUCCAGUACCUUGGGGAAACUCAGUUUGCUCCAGGCCAGUGGGCAGGGGUUGUUCUGGAUGACCCUGUGGGUAAGAAUGACGGCUCUGUCGGAGGAGUGCGCUACUUCGAGUGCCAGCCGCUGCAGGGGAUUUUUACGCGACCAUCCAAGCUGACACGGCAGCCGGUGGCCGAGGGCUCAGGGAGCGACGCCCCCUCCGUGGACUCCCUGACGGCUCAGAACUUGUCACUGCACUCGGGGACGGCCACUCCACCUCUGUCCACUCGCGUGAUCCCGCUGCGGGAGAGCGUCCUCAACAGCGCCAUGAAGACGGGCAACGAGUCCGGAUCGAACCUCUCGGACAGCGGCUCCGUGAAAAAAGGGGAGAAGGACUUACGGCUGGGAGAUCGAGUGCUGGUCGGUGGGACAAAGACAGGAGUCGUGCGCUACGUGGGAGAGACGGAUUUUGCCAAGGGCGAGUGGUGCGGCGUGGAGCUGGACGAGCCCCUGGGGAAGAACGAUGGGGCAGUUGCUGGGACAAGGUAUUUCCAGUGCCCACCCAAGUUUGGCCUCUUUGCUCCCAUCCACAAGGUGAUCCGGAUCGGGUUCCCAUCAACCAGCCCUGCCAAGGCCAAGAAGAGCAAGAGGAUGGCCAUGGGAGUGUCAGCCCUGACCCACAGCCCCAGCAGCUCCUCCAUCAGCUCUGUCAGCUCUGUGGCCUCCUCAGUCGGGGGCAGGCCCAGCCGUAGUGGGCUGCUGACAGAGACCUCUUCUCGGUAUGCCAGGAAAAUCUCUGGCACCACAGCUCUGCAGGAGGCACUGAAGGAGAAGCAGCAGCACAUUGAGCAGCUGCUGGCAGAGCGGGACCUGGAGCGGGCAGAGGUUGCCAAAGCCACCAGCCACAUCUGUGAGGUGGAGAAGGAGAUUGCCAUCAUGAAGGCCCAACACGAGCAGUAUGUCACAGAGGCAGAAGGAAACCUCCAGCGAGCACGAGCCUUGGUGGAUGGGAUGCAGAAGGAGAAGAUUGAGCUGUUGAACCAGCUGGAAGAGGAGAAGAGGAAAGUGGAGGACUUGCAGUUCCGUGUGGAGGAAGAAUCCAUUACCAAAGGGGAUCUGGAGACUCAGACGCAGUUGGAGCAUGCCCGAAUACGGGAGCUCGAGCAGAGCCUGCUGUUUGAGAAGGCACAGGCUGAAAAACUCCUCAGAGAAUUAGAGGACACCAGGCUAACCACGGUGGCGGAGAAGUCCAGGAUCCUGCAGCUGGAGGAGGAGCUGAGCCUCAGGCGCAGCGAGGUGGACGAGCUCCGGCAGUGCCUCCAGAGCUCCCACCAAGCAGAGACCCCUGAGCACAACCUGGGCUUGCAGUCCGAGGCUCUUCGGUUGCGGGAUCAGCUGCUGUCUGCCAACAAGGAGCACCAGAAGGAGAGCAGCCAGCUGAAGGAGAAGUAUGAGAAGACGCUGAAGAAGUACCAGCAGGAGAUGGAGAAGCUGAAAUCUGUCAAUGAGAAGUACUCGCAGGAGAUUGUUGAUCUGAAACAAAAAGUUCAGCAAGCCACUAACGAGAACAUGGGGCUCAUGGACAACUGGAAGUCCAAGUUGGACACGUUGGCUUCUGACCACCAGAAGUCUCUGGAGGACCUGAAAGCCACACUCAACUCAGGCCCUGACACCCAGCACAAGGAGAUUGUGGAGCUGAAGGCAGUGGUGGAGAGUAUAAAGUUGGAGCACCAGCUGGAGUUGGAGAACCUGAAAGCAAAGCACGACAUUGAGACAGCUGUCCAUAUAAAGGAGAAAGAGAGUCUCAAACUGAAGCUGCAGGAGGCUUUGGAUGAAGUGGAAAAAAGCAACAGCAACUGGAAAAUGCAACUGGAAAGCAAAAGCAGUCAGCACCUUCUUGAGCUCCAAGAUGUGAAGGACAAGUGUCGAGAUGCUGAGCUGAGGGUGCAUGAACUGGAGAAACUUCAUGGUGAAUAUACAGAUCAGACAGAAGCAAUAGCUUUCUUGAAAGAGCAGAUAUCUUUGGCUGAAAAGAAGAUGUUGGACUAUGAAACAUUACAGAAAACAGAAGCCCACAGCAAACAGGAAAUCCAAAGAUUGCAGGAAAAAGUGCUUGUCUUAGAGAACAAGCUGCAGUCCAUGGAGGCCCUGCAUCCUUCUCAGCAUGCAAAUAUGAUUGAGACUAAUGAUAUUUCAGAAGAAAAGAUAAAGAUGAAGCAGACUAUGGAAGACCUCCAAGACAAGCUGAGUAAAAGAGACAAAGAAGUGUCAUCCCUGGUGACCCAGACUGAAACUCUAAGGGCCCAAGUAAGUGCUUUGGAAAAUAAAUGCAAAACAGCAGAAAAGAAGGCUGAUUUGGUGUUCAAAGAAAAGAAGAGGUUGGAAGGAGAACUGGAAGCCUUGACCAAGAAGACACAUGAUGCUUCAGGGCAGCUGGUCCUGAUCAGCCAGGAGCUGCUCAAGAAGGAAAGGAGCCUGAACGAGCUGAGAGCGUUGUUACUGGAGGCAAACCGGCACUCCCCGGGGCCGGAGCGGGACCUCAGCCGGGAAGUGCACAAAGCUGAGUGGCGGCUCAAGGAACAGAAGCUCAAAGAUGACAUCAAGGGGCUUCGAGAGAAACUGGUUGUGCUGGACAAGGAGAAGUCAGUGAUGGACCAGAGGCGAUACUCGCUGAUCGACCCCUCGUCAGAGUCGGAGGUGAUCCGGCUGCAGCACCGGCUCGUCAGCACAGAGGACGUGCUGCGCAACGCGCUGGAGCAGGGACACCAGAUGGAGAAGCUCAUGGAAGCAAUGAGGCUCUCCUCUGAGAAAACACAGACUGUUGGAAAUUCAGGGUCUGCUAACGGGAUUCACCAGCAGGAUAAAUCCCACAAGCAAGAGGAGAAGCUCUGAUAGAGAAGAGGUGAAAAGGAUCAUUUCACGCCAGUAUCAGCUCCUCUGCACAGUCAGGAAAAACACCACCACAUCUGGCUUUAGCACCUCCAAAAGACCACACACAGUAUUUUCACUUUAAAGCAGGACAAUGUUUAUAAUGUACUAACUGUUGUAAUCAGGACAAUCCCAGAGUCCAGUUUUCCAAGACAGCCAUUGUUCCAGGAGGGAGCAGAAAGACCUCUCUGGGUUUGGUUUCUUACUUGUAUGGUUUUGACUGUGGAAUUUGUAUUGUUUGAGCUGCCCUUGUCCCACCAGCUGAUGUGGUUUGGGUGACAGCUGCCCUGACCUGUGGCUGAAGUGUCAGCAGGUCCCAGUAACCCCACAGGAGCUGCAAAGGGAUUUGCCUGUGGUGUUCAAAGCACGUGCCCAUAGACUGCACCCUUCCCACGGGGUCUGUCCCUUCCCUCCCACACACCCUGGUGUCCUGAGGACCUGCACAAGUGAGUGAAACCUGCUGGGCUGAUGAUGUGAGGGCUGGGGCUGUGUUCCCCUCCUCCCUUUGUGGAGGACAUCACUGUUUUAGAGCAGAGGCUGCACUUAGUUCUUGUAUUAUAGCAUGUUGUGGGAAAUAAUCCAGUUUCAGAGGGAUAUUUAUUUUGUUUCUUCUCCCCUGCCAUUUGGGGAAGAAGAUGUGGUGGCUCUGAGUUUGGGGUCAGGCACACCUUGCCUGUGUAGUUUGCCUUUCUCCUGCAGUGAGAUCUCUGAGCAGGCCUGCUGGAGUCCUGUGCCAUGUCUGCUGUCCAGCUUGGUCCCCCUCACUCCUGGGGGGUUCCUUGGGUCUGUUUUGAACUCAGGACUCUGCAGAUGCUGGAUCCCAGCAUCGCUGGCCUUGGAGCUCCAUGCUGGGGGCAGUCAGUGCAUUGAGAAAAUGGUUCCCUCCUUGCCUGUUUCAUUUAACAGCUCACUGUGGGUUGCCUGGUGCUCUGCAGUGUGAUGCCCAUCUGCUGCUAACCAGGAUGGAUGAGGUGAAGGUGCUGCUGUGAGCCUUUGAUGGCUUCAGCAAUCCUCUGUGCAUGACCUGAGUGUGUUUGGAGCAGAGGCAAUCCAAGACCAGAGCCCACACAGCUCUUGUGUCUGUACCAGCAGAGGAUCUUGUUCCUUCUUCCCAAGGCUUUACUCUGCACCACAGCUCCCAAGUGGCAUCAGGGCAGAGGAAGGUGACAACAUGCUCCUAAAGGUGUGAAAGAGCCCAGCUCAGGUUCACUGUUCAGUAGCACAGACAACAGUCACAAUAUUUUUCCAGGCUUCUCCCACUUGUUGCCCAACUCCUUGUGCUGUGAUGGGGCAUCUGUGACAGGACAAGAUGGGAGAGGAGUUGUGAGGCCGACCCCCAGCAGGUGAACAUGAUGGCACAUCAGCUCUGUUGCUUUUUGCCCUGAUUUCCCACAAAGUUGUGUCACCUUUUCUCAGUGGGUUGCCAGGCUCCUGCUUCUUUGAAGGAUGUGCAGCCAGAAGCUCCCUGGGAAAGAUUUGAUGGCUGCAGUCUUGCCAUGAGGAGGAUGACAUUGAGUACUUGACCCUUCUCACCUGACACAUGUCCUGUCCUUCCUGGGCACCUGCAAGAGGGAGGCCCCAUUCUGGUUUGUAACUUGUUUUCCCUAUGGGUUUUCCAGUGAUUUGUGACCAGCUGCCUUCACCUACAGCAGAGGCACCUGUGUUUUCCACCUCCCUUUGGCUCUGUAUAGUAAUGAGACCCCCUGGGAGUGGUUAUGGAGACCAUUUGGUUCUGUUGAUCAGAUCCAAAGCUGUCAGGCUACAAGAGUCUCUGGCUCCUGCCUCUUCCCAGGGCCCAUCCCCUGAGAGCACCUCAGACCUGUGGCUUUUCCUGUUCAACCUGGGAGACAAUGCAGAACAGGAACAGAUGGGUUCAGACCAGGUUCAAAGUUAGUGCUGAUGGUCUUCUCUGGCUGUAAAUGACUGUGCUGGUCCCUGAGGGUCAGCCAGGAGCUGUUGGCACUGCUUGGCUCUCUGUGCAGGCUGUGUGGUCACUGUGUUGCAGGGCUGAGGGUUGGAGCCCCCCACCCAUUGUGGGAGCUGCUCCCAAAUAGGGCCAUGCACAAUGCCAACAGGAUAUGCUGUUGUGUGCUCAUGUGGGCUUCAGCUCAACCCUGUCUAAGGGCCAGGAGGGGUUGGACUCACUCACUUCCUCCCUCUCCAAAAUUAUCACAGGCUUCCCCAGGGCACCAGCCUCUGGCUGCCCUUCUGAGGAGGUAAGAGACCACACUAGGGACAAACUUGGAAAGGACAAGGGGGAGGUUCCCCAGCCCCUCUAUUUAUUUGUAAGUUUAAGUGCUAUUUUUACCUAUGUGGUGGUGUAUAAAGUACUUCAUGAUACUUGGUCUUACUGGCUUGGUUCUUUGGGAGAGAGUUCCGGGGCACUGGAGCGGUGAUGCACCCUUGUCCUGUUGUUGAUCCGGGCUGGUUCCUGUUUGUGCCUUCACUCCCCCUUUGGCUUCAGCCUUGCUCUUACCUCGAUCCCUGAGAGCUGGUAAGGGAAGGGCUGUGUUUUCCCCAGCCUUUCUCCCAGCCUGAGAAUGCCAUGCUGGUUUUCCAUCUGCAGAUGGGGCCUGAGCAUCCUGCCCCAGAGCAGCGGUGCAGGGUGGGGAGCAGGAGGUGACCGUGCUGCUGGAGCCAGUGGCGUUUUCCUGACAGUUAGUGAUGCUUUUCUGCUGACAGCUGAGCCCUUAUCCAGUGAAAAAAAACAGCCUUUGCAAUGGAGACUACUUAGUAUUGAGUGAUUUCAACAGCAGAAUUCAACUGAAUUCUGUUCUCUAGAAUUUCUUCUCUAACGCUCAAGACCAAAGGGAAAAGAACCAGUCUUGCUUGGGAAUGUCAACUUUAUCCCUCCUGCAGCAUGCAGAGAGCUGGAGCAAGGGGCAGCACAAUGCUGGUGCCUAUGGAAUGAUGACAGCUCUUGGAAUGACAGGUGCCAAGCUGCCAGCCAAGGCCUUACAGCUCCUGCCUCCCCCCAGCCACCAGCAGCUCCUCUGACUUGCAGUAGAGAUGCAUAAGGGUUUCAUUAAGCAAAAUGAUGCAAAUGACACUGUAAAAGUCUUAACAAAAAUUCCAGUACUCUGUUAUUCAGCAGCUUUAGCAGCUCAGCACUAUCUGUAGGGAGUUAUUAAUACACUAAGAUCCUAUAGGCCUCCUGUAAGUUACCACAAAAAAGAUGAUACUAGAUGUAUAAAUGGAUGAUAACCUUUUACCCAUACAGUAUGUAUUACAAUUUUGUAGCUUAGUCAUUUUUUGGCUAUCAGAUUUUGUUAGUAUGAUACAAAAAAAAAGACAAAAAAAAAAAGGUUUGACUGCUAAUGUCUAUUUUGUUAAUUGAUUCAUUUUCUUCCUCUGUACAAAAAGCUGUACAAAUCUGUCUGUGUAACUCCUCCACAUCUGUAUUCAUGUACCAUCCCCUUGUCCUGGCUUGCUGGUGUGGUGAGCUCCUACUAAACAAUAAACUCUGUGGCUGAA